AUGACGAUGAACCUCCUCACCCAGGUGAGCACCCUGGUACAGACCCUGCGAGCCCCGGAUGGGCCGUUCCUCCAGCCCCAGCGCUGGCUGGGCUCCUGGACGGGUCCCCAGGCAGUGACCGGGGUGGCAAGCACGGCGGCGUUCUUCCUCUGUGAGGGGCUGCUGGGCCGGCACUUCGAUGUGGUCCCCAAUGGGGUGACUGAGCCCCAGCCUGGGGACCUCUUCCUCUUCCCACUGGCCUCGCUGGCCUCGGGGGGCCCCGGAUGGUGGGGUGCCCAUGCUGGUGUCUACUGCGGUGACGGGGAGAUCAUCCACCUGGAAGGCAUUGUGGCCAAGCACAGCAAGAGCCACCUCCUGCGGAUGCGGGGUCCAGCCAAGGUGCUGCGGAAGAAGGGAGGGCUGGAUGCGGCCACCCUGCAGCAGCGGAUCCGGGUGGCCAUGGACCAGGUGGUGGAGUAUGAUGCCGUCACCUGCAACUGCAUCCACUUCGCCCUUGCCCUGCUGGGGCUGGGCCAGCUCACUGGGGCCACAAAGCUGCCAGCAAGCAACGUCCUCCGGGAGUCCUGGAAGACACCAAGUUGA